UCAUACCAACUUACAAGACAAGAGGUGAGAGACCACAGCUGAACCACUGAAGAAACACUCGGGAUCAAGAAUGAAGCUUUCCGUUGGCACUGUCCUCAUCUCUGUUGCACUUUUGUCUGAGUGCUACUUCAAAACCGCUGCCAUCCCCAUGACCAAAGCUGAAGACACGGAGCCAGAUCUGCAAGGGUUGAGUGACAGCUUGGAGGAGAACGCUCUGAGAUCCGCACCAGGCAACUCCAGGAUCAUCGUGGUGGCUGACUCCAAUCUGCUGAGGACCCUAACAUCUCUGAACAGAGGAGUCCCUCAUCUCAGUCUCCCCGAGAGCCUUCUCAGCACAGAGCGCAGAGAUGUCGGACCGGACCUGAGCCCAAGCAUCGCCAUCAUCAGAAGGGACACCAUGAGGUGCAUGGUGGGAAGAGUGUAUCGACCUUGCUGGGAAGUGUAGGUCUUCUGGGACAUCAAGAAGAAUUCAAUCAGAUACCCCUUCUUCUCUAAUCCAGUGUUUCUCAGAGAGAAUGUAAAGGUUUAUGCUAUUUAUCCGAAAUGUGUCUUGCAAUUAAAUGCUGAAAAUAUUAUUCUA